GAUAUGCUAUGCAAAACAUAAGCGUUACCGCAGUAUAACUUUACACUGCAAUAUCGAAGACAAGCGAAAUUAAAAUUGUAAGACUUCUCGCAUAUUGUCCGGUUGUAGAAGGCGUUUCCCCUUAUUACUGAUUCUAUUUCAAUCGGCACGUUAUAACGUAUAUUUCUUGGCCAACGUAUUGAAACCCCAAGAGAAUGUCGAAUGAAUAUCGUGCAGUUGACGGAAGUUCUACUUUGAGUUGUUCAAGAAUUCUGCUUCAACACAAAGUAGCCAAUGGACAUCUAUGAUACCCGAUAUUUUCGAACUAACAAGCUGCUGCUGUCGGUUCUUGGGCUGUGGCCGACGCAGUCUAACAAAAGCACCUUUUUUUAUUCUGCUAUAGUUGCUACACAUAUUGUACUCUUACCGCAGAUCGCAUUCUUGUUUAACUGCAUGAAAAGUGUGAAUGAUUUUUAUGAUACUCUACCAACUUUAAUUGGCGUAACUAUAUGUAUUAUUAAAUUAAUUGGUCUCCAUUGGAAAGCUGACACAUUUAGGGAGCUGAUUGAGCAUGUGCGUUACGAUUGGUAUUUAUUGGCGAAACAUCGUGAUAUGUGGAUUUUAAUAGAAUAUAUCGAGACGAGUCGGAUAUUCACACGGGCUUAUUUACUUUUUGCAGGCUCGACUGCAGCAAGUAUGGUGACGGCGCCACUCACCAUAUCAUUAGUCGAUAUCAUAUUGGCGUUAAACGUAACAAGAACAAAGCAAAUGCCGCAUCCAGUCGAGUUCUUUGUGGAUAUAGAUAAGCAUUAUUAUUUUCUUCUGGCAAUUACAUUUAUAGGAUACGCUGCAAGCUGUACGACAGUGAUAGCAAUCGAUACCUUCUAUUUCGCGAUACUACAACAUGCCUGUGGUUUAUUAGCUAUAUUGAGUUAUCGUUUAAAAAACAUAGCUGUAAAUGAUAAACCUGAACAUAUCGAUCCUAAUCCAGUAUCUAAAGGGGAUAGAGAUGUUAAGGACAUGGUACAAUGCAUAAAGUUGCAAAUUAGAAUAGAGAGACUAAUCCAUCUGAUUGAGUCAGCGUUUGCCGUAUGUAUUUUUAGCGACAUUGGCUUGGGAAUAUUACUUCAAUGUUCUUCAUGCGUUAUGAUCGUAACUCAAAUGCAAAUACUAAAAAACGGUCCUCUCCUGGUUCUUCAAUGUUCUCGAUUUUUACUUAGCAGUUGGAUUGGACAGAGGAUAAUAGAUCACAGCUCUGAGAUACCUGUUUCAGCGUAUAAUGGACUGUGGUAUCAAACUUCUUUAGCAACAAAAAAAAUGUUGCUAUUUCUACUAAUAAAAUGUCACGAGUCAUAUCGCAUAACUAUGGGGAAAUUAUACAUAAUUUGCUUGGAAAGUUACACCGCGUUUCAAAGGAAAUACGAUUUUAAAGAAAUUAACUCUGCGAUUAAAAUAUUCGACGAGAUAUCUGAUCGUUUUAAACUCCUUUGGUUUACUCAAUACAAUAUGUCUUUCUUUGACAAUCGCUACUAUUAUCUGAAUAAAAGGUUCCUCUCCGUAAUCGGUCUGUGGCCAUUUCAGUCGCGACUGGAGGCUAACAUUACGUUUGCUCUUGCAGCAGUGUUUAUUUUCAGUUUGACAGCCUUUGAGUUUUGGGGCUUAGCGGCUGGGAUAACGGAUCUGAGUAUCAUCAUGGAAAAUACGUCGCCGUUACUGGUGAACAGCUUCAUCAUCAUGAAGUUCAUUAACUGCGUGUUUACUAAUUAUAAAAUGAAAGUGCUUCUGGAGGAUAUCGAAGAGACAUGGAAGAUGAAACAUGACGGUCCAGAGAAACAGAUAUUACAGCAUUAUGCAGAGGAAAGUAGAACCUUCGCGAUACGAUACGCGAUUGCUCUUUAUGCAACGUGGCUUUUUUACUCCACGACGCCAGUCGUCGUUAGCGGAAUCUAUACGAUCUUACCGAUAAAUGAAACAUACACGGCUAGGUUUCUAUAUCGCUUGGAACAUGUUCUUGACAUGGACAAAUAUUUCAACCUGAUGAUGCUUCAUGGUUUCAUCAGCGUAUUCUACAUAGUCUCUGUACCGAUAGCAAUCGAUUCUAUAUUCUCAGUUUGCACUCAGCAUGUGUGCGCAUUAUUUACAUGUAUACGAUACAACAUAGAGCGCAUACAAGGCUCGGACCUAGUAUUGCCCGAACCAGAUAUUAAAGAUGAUGAAGUAUAUCGUAACAUAAUUGCCUGUAUCAAAUCCUAUAAACAUGCGUUAAAACUUUCCGAUGUGCUCUCAUCUAACUAUGCAGUAUCAUUUCUCUUUCUACUGGGAAAUAUAAUUAUAUGUUUAAGUUUUGGCUCGGCUGAGUUGAUAAUGGUAGACAAUCAACUGGACGAAAUUAUCAGAAUUCUCUCUGCUAAUUUAGCGCAAUUACUACAUGUAUUUUGCCUGAGUCUGAUUUCUCAAAGAUUGAUUGAUCACAGCAGCGGACUUCAAAACGCAAUUUACAACUGCGACUGGUAUAAGAUUUCAUUAAGAUCAAGAGGUCUCUUAAGAUUUACAUUGUUGCGUACUACUAGGCCGUGCCAAAUAAAAGCUGGUAAAAUUUUUGUAAUGUCGUUGGAGAACUUCAGCUCGAUCUUACAAGUAUCCUUAUCGUAUUUCACGAUGCUGACGUCACUACAGUAAAAAUCGUAACGAAAUUUAUGAUGGAUUUAUAUAGUUUCUGGGAAUAUUUUAACAUCAUUAUUUUCUCUAUAUAUGUAUAUCAAAUCUUAUUUUCUAUAUCAAAUAUAAUACAUAUAUACAUAUUUAAAUUCAUUCAUCUCUCUAUUGUAAGUAAAAUAUGUUCUUCAAGAAGUUAUUUUUGUGAUUAUAUUGAUUAUUUCUUUUACACGAAAUACGAUCAUAA